AUGACGAUACGUCGUAGGGAGCAGCUGAAGAUGGUCCCGUCUUUUGUCAAAAGAGAAGGACCAGACGAGUCCGCUAGAAGGUCUCGUGUCGACGACACUGAUCCCAGCAUCAUCUUCUCUCCCGGUUCCUCGCCCUACCAGGACCCAGCAGAAUCCUUAUGGACUGUCAUUCACAAUCCUCUGGCGCUCAACAGCUCUGCGGUCAUGACCAACCGCUCUGAUGCGCACCUCUCCUUCCAGUUCCCUGGCGAAUCUCUUGCGCUAGGUCUCCUUUACAAAGCGAACGGCACGAGUCUCACCGUGACCAUCGACAACGGCAGCUCGUUCCCCUUCCAAGUCACUACGGCUGAAGCUACUGCAUCUGCUCCAAACGGUAAUCUCGAAGCUCUGCAAAAGAAGAUCUUUCAUAUAGAUCACCUUGCCUGUACAAAUCAUACGGCAACCCUAAGCCCGUCCCCUAUCCCUGGCGGCCAAGGAGCCGACCCAAACCAGACCUCUGUCUACUUCGACGGCUUCAGCUUCGCAUCUGCCGACGACCUUGCAGCUUGUGCAGCUGAUCGUACUCCUUCGUCUGUGCCCUCUUCGAGCACUGAGACUCCCUCUCCUACAGACACCGGCGGCCAGACGUCAACGGCAUCAGCUACAUCGGACGAUUCCGCCAUGCUGUACGCCGGUAUCGGGGCUGGUGCUGCCGUCUUUGCCGUCAUUCUUGCCAUCCUCUUGGUGCGAUGUUUUUGCGGAAGAAAACGUCGUCAAGCGUCUGCUGUUGAUCCGAUCGACCGAAGCUAUCGACCCGCACGCAAGCAGACAAGCGACAAGACAGUCGUUUUCCCUUUGUCUGUUCCGCCAAGCCCAGCAACACCGCCGGAGCCUGUCUUCAGACCUAGAGGCAUCCAUGCACUGGCACAGGACGACUCGUUCACCAGUGUGCAUUGUGUUGCUCGACCCAGUACUAUGGAAAGUGCCUCGGCGAGUUCAGUCUUCCCACUGUUACCUGUAAGGCCGGCGGACCACCCUAGCGAGGCCGAGGCCGUAUCUUUCAUCACGGGAAGCGCACUGACGAGGCUUCCGCAGCAUCCGAUGAAAGAGACAAGGAAAGUUCGGAACAGCGGCAGGAGAAUCUCUUACGGCAAGGCGAGGGACGUAUUGCUUCCUUCUGUCAAUUACCAAUUUGACUGCACCCACCCAUCGACUUUCCAUGGUGAGCAUGUACUCCAGUAUAUGCCUCAUAAUAGAACCGCGCCACACACUCCUCGACAUUCCAACUCUGCCACGAACAAAGCGCUCUCUCCGAACAAGUCUCCACGUCGCCCGAAAACCACCUCUGCUGUUGACCGCCUGCGCACGCAAGCAACCCAGCUGGACAUCCAGCGUCCGCUCUCGCCCUUCGAUCGCUCCCGUCCCGCCACCAGCUCCAACACCAACCUCCAUCAACACAGCUGGCGACAACCCCGCCUCGCCACCGCACCGGCUGACCCCACUCAUGCCCGAUUCAGACGCAACUCGGUCGACUCCGGCGAUACGCACUGGUCGCGGGCUUCUGCCGACGCCGAUACAUCGCCAGCCAACCAGGAGAAAGACUGGUCCAAAGGCGAGAUGGAGACCGUGAAAGUCGAAAAGACGACGGAUAGCGAAGCAGAGAUGUGGAUCAGCAAGGCCCAGGCGAUCGCGCAGAACAGAAAGAGGAGAAAGUCGACAGAUGGCACUGGGAGCGCGCCAAAGCGUCCACCGAAGUCGCCACAUCGGCCGUCGACCGGUCAGGCUGCACCUCCGCCCAUGUCGUACCAGCCGUUUACGAUCGGUUGA